AUGAAGAAAGGUAAAACACCCCACAAAAUUCCAACUGAUAAUCACCCUAUUCAGACACUGGUGAAUAUGUCCCUCAGUCCAAGCCGACCUUCUUCAUCAGAGUUGGUGGAACUUCAUGUUUUUUAUGUCCCUGAAGGAUCAUGGAACUAUAAGCUAAAUACCAUUUCAAUAGAAGUUGUUAACAAAUUCAUUUCAGCUGGAUUUAUAAGAGUAUCUCCUCACCUUACUUUACAAGCCCUGAGAGAGCGUCUCAGUGAGUUCCUUGGUGAAGAUGCUGUUGCAGAAAAAUUUUUAUUUCUGAAAUGCAUUGGAAAUAAUCUAGCUGUGGUGAAGGCAAAGCAAGAAUCAGAACUGAAACUCAAGUCAUUUGUUCCUCCAUAUGCUCUUCAGCCAGAAUUAUAUUUGCUUCCUAUAAUGGAUCACUUAGGAAAUAUUUAUUCAGCAUCAACAGUUUCUUUAGAUGAGCGGCAGACUAAUACCGGUGUUGCUGAGGCUGAUGGAAUAAUCCACAGACCAGUUAGUGUAACUUUGGUGAAGGAAGAACCUGGAACAGAUCCCAGUUUUUUAGUAAACACUUUGAAAGAGCUUCUUAACAAGAAUCGAGAAGAAGCAGGGGGAAAAGCCACUCCAAAAGGAAACCAAACUGGAAAAAAUCAAAUUGGAAAUUCUGAAGUGCCAGGAUCAUCAGAAGAAUCAAAUAGUGAUUUAAGAAACAAAAAAAGUCUGUUUCUUUGGAAAAAUGAAGAUGAUAGAGUUAAUACCAUUAGAACCGAGAACAAUCAGAUAGGUAAGAAAGAGUGCAUCACCCUACCAGAUCUUACUGAUUUUCCUUCACUUCCUUGUCAACCUGCUCUUUCUCCAGUAAUAACUGAUAUCUCUUUAUUACAGAUUGAAAGAGAGAAGAUUAUUGAACAACUGAAACAAGUAAAGAAAGAAAGAAGAUAUCUGGAAAGAAUUAGAGAAGAACUAAUUAAAAAAGUUGAAAAACUAUUUGAACAAAGCAAGUUGAAGCAAUGUCACGCCUGUGAUGAUUGGAAGAAAAAAUACUUUGAAACAAAGAAAAUCACAGCAUCGUUGGAGGAGGUUUUAACAAAACUUCGAGAAGAUUUAGAACUUUACUAUAAAAAACUGCUCAUGCAGCUUGAAGCCAGGGACAUUAAGAUGAGACCAAAGAAUUUGGCAAACAUCACAGACUCUAAGAAUUACCUUAUAAUCCAGAUCACUGAGGUACAGCAUGCUAUUGACCAACUUAAGAGAAAACUGGAUACUGACAAAAUGAAACUCAUAAUGGAUGCUAAGGUGAGAAAACAAGCAGUUUCAGAUUUAUGCAUGCUGAAAACUGAACUGGCACAGAAGAAAAAUAACACAUCUGUACAGCCUCAAUUGGUUCCUGGAAAUGUGCCUAAUUAA